AUGUCCAUCGACUUGAAAGGUUUGGUUCCAGCACCGGUGACUCCCUUCACUCGGGACGGCCAGGUCGAUUAUGAGGCAAUCCGGCGACUAGGCUCCUGGCUCGGCAGCAUCAAAGGUGUUAAGGGUCUCGUGGUCCUUGGCCAUGCGGGAGAGGGCACCUUUCUUACGCAGCAGGAGCAGGUCGAUGUGAUCAAGGCUUUUGUUCGAGCAGUGAACAAUCGCCUUCCCAUCAUUGCUGGGAUCACCGGAGAGGGAACUGAGGUCGCAGCCCUCGAAGCGAAGCGCGCCAAGGAUGCGGGAGCACAGGCUGGGCUCUUGUACCCGUCGCAUGGGUGGCUCCGAUUUGGCUAUCAACCUGGCGCACCUCAGGACAGGUACAAGAGGGUUUUCGAAGUUUCUCAGCUACCGUUGAUCCUGUUCCAAUAUCCGGACAACACGAAAGCCAAUUACAACCUCCAAACCCUCCUCGACAUCGCGGCGCAGCCAGGAGUCAUUGCCAUGAAGAAUGGGGUCCGGAAUAUGCGCCGCUGGGAUACUGAGAUUCCGGUGUUCAGACGAGAGCGGCCCCACGUCCCCGUUCUUACCUGCCACGACGAAUACCUUCUGCAUACGGCCUUCGACGUGGACGGGAUGCUCGUUGGAUACGGAAAUGUUGCACCAGAGCUGCUGAUUGACCUCAUUGCCGCGGGGAAGGCCAAGGAUUACAAAAGGGCACGGGAGAUCCAUGACCAGUUACUACCCAUUACCAAGUCGAUCUAUCAUCGCGGCUCGCACAUGGAGGGUACGGUGGCGCUGAAGCAUGCGCUGGUCGCUCGUGGUGUGCUGUCUCACGCUACAGUGCGAUCCCCGCUAAUGCCGUUGCCUGAUGGAGCGGAGGAGGAAAUUCAUGGCGCGGUCUCGGAAGCUGCCUUGAGCAAAAUUGCGUAA